AUGUUUGAAGGCGAACCUCUCUACCACAUCAACACACAUCUGUCAGCUCGUGUUGCUAUGCUGAAACCCGACUGGAAUGAAGAGUCGAAUCCGCAGAUUCUUUACGAUCGCUUCUUGAAGGCAGUCAGUCUGACUGGCGCAGAGUUCAUGGAGCGAAUUCGGUACUAUGGAAAGGUGUGGAUGCCAGUGCGCGUCCUGGUGCAGGAGGCUUUCAACUCUCGAACAGAUCACCAUUCAAGUGGACGCAUCAUGGUGCUGAAGCAGAACAUGCCUUGGAUGCAGCAUCUCUUUGAACUUGAAGAGGAACACAAUCUAACGGGCGCUAUCCACUACAUCAUCUUUCCCGACAGCAAAGACUGGCGCAUUCGAGCCAUGCCAGUCACACCAGCGAGCUUUGAACUUCGCCGUAAAAUCCGUUCCGAGUGGCUUGGCUUGGUGAAUGAAGACCUAAGCGCCAAGGCAGGCAUCGAAGGGUGCGUCUUUGUGCACACCACCGGCUUCAUUGGCGGAAACAAGACCAUGGAGGGAGCACUGCAGAUGGCUAUCAAGUGUCUCGAGUGA